CACUCGCUCUACUACUUCGGGUAGAGCUUAGGUCUACUUACAUCCCACCCCCAGACUCCACCUCUGGUGAUGGGAUAUACUGCACUUGUUUGGUUCGGUUUGGUUUGCUAUGCAGUAACAUUAACAAUCUUCCACUUGGAAGGUGCCCACAUCAAGAAGUUAUGCGUGAUGGCAAUAAAAACUAAUUUAUCAUGAUAAAUGUGUUCAGCUGUAUUAGGUGUUAAAGAUGGAUGGAUCUAUCUUUCUAUUUAUAUGUAUGCUAAAGAAAGGAUUUUUAGUGAAGUAGCAUAGCGAGAAGCCCCAAAUCCAAUAGAGAUCAACCUGUGACUUAACGUCUUUGUCGUGGGUUGAUGCAGGAUUAAAUAUUACAAUGGAUGUCUAUUUCACACGAUUCAGAAAGAUUUUACUGCACAGACAGGUGAUCCUACUGGAACAGGUUCCGGCGGUGAUUCUAUCUACAACCUCAUCUUUUCAGAUUCUUAUAUGGCGAUCAAGCUCGCUUUUUUGGUGACGAGAUUCGUUUGGAUCUAAAGCAUUCGAAGAUGGGUACGGUUGCCAUGGCUAGUGCAGGAGAGAAUCUCAAUGCAUCUCAGUUUUAUAUUACGCUACGUGAUGAUCUUGACUACCUAGACGGGAAGCACACUGUCUUCGGCGAGGUGGCUGAAGGACUUGAAACUCUCAGCAGGAUAAAUGAAGCUUAUGUAGAUGAGAAGAGCAGACCAUAUAAAAACAUCCGCAUAAAGCACACUUAUAUAUUAGAUGAUCCUUUUGAGGAUCCUGCACAGCUAACUGAGCUAGUUCCAGAUGCUUCCCCCGAAGGAAAACCAAAGAAUGAGGUUGAUGAUGAGGUGCGCCUUGAAGAUGAUUGGGUGCCCAUGGAUGAGCAGUUAGGUGCAGGGGAACUUGAAGAGGUUAUUCGUGCGAAGGAAGCACAUUCCAGAGCAGUCGUGCUUGAAAGUAUAGGGGACAUUCCGGACGCUGAGAUAAAGCCUCCUGAUAACGUGCUCUUUGUAUGCAAACUAAAUCCAGUUACUGAAGAUGAGGAUCUGCAUACAAUCUUUUCACGGUUUGGAACUGUUUCGUCAGCUGAAAUAAUACGUGACUACAAAACUGGAGACAGCCUGUGCUAUGCCUUUAUAGAGUUUGAUGACAAAGAAUCUUGUGAGCAAGCAUACUUCAAGAUGGAUAAUGCUUUAAUUGAUGAUCGGAGGAUACAUGUGGAUUUCAGUCAAAGUGUAUCGAAAUUAUGGAACCAAUACAGGCGUAAAGGCAAUCAAGCUGGAAAAGGUGGUAAAGGUUGCUUCAAAUGCGGUUCUCUUGAUCAUAUCGCAAAGGACUGUACCGGGAGCCCUGAUGCCGCCAAGCAACCUCCAAAAUACACCUUGAAGGAUGAUGGUUUCUCAAGAAAAGGGGGAGAUGAUGGCUCAAGGUAUGACAUGGUAUUUGACGAGGACACUCGUGUGAGUCCAGAAAGAAAGAAGCCACCAAGACAUCGUGAGGUGGAUCCUCAUCAGGAACAACGAAAACUGAGUCAUCGAGUCACGGAUGAAACAAAGCAAGAUGAUUACAGACAUAAAGACUUGGCGGAUGGACAAAGUGACAGACGAAAAGAGCAUAGACGAGAUGAUAGGCACCACACAUCGGGGGGAAGAAAAGAUUACAAGAGAGAUGAGUUGGAAUAUAGAACAAGUAGGAAUGAUGAUAGACACAGAGGCCGUAGCAAUGACAGGAGACAAGAUGGUAGAGAUGAGUCGUACAGUAGGAAACGACAUCAUGAAGAUGAGAAUGAUGGGAGAAAAGUUAGUGAUAAGGAUGGUCGACGAGAUGGCAGAGACAGAGAUGAGUCGUAUCGUAGAAAAAUACGUGCAGAUGACGUUGGGCAUACGAGGAGUAAAGGGGAAGAUCGAGACCGAGAUCGUGUAAAAAGCAGCGCAAGAUACGAUGAAAGGGAUCGCCAUCGAAGAGAGUAAUGGUUAUCCUGAUUUUGAGGUGCAAGGUUGUUUUUGUUGCUCAUUGUGGAUUAUGUCUUGUUUUGUUUUGAGAUAGGAAGGAAAGUACAAGACUUCAACUGAGUGACAUUUAGGG